UCUGCCAUCUUGCCUGGCGCCAUACAUCCUCUGCAGGGCGUAAUUUGUCUUGGUCCCCCACCACCACUAUCUAAAGAAGAAACAAUAGAAGCAAUCAACAACCAAGCAAGGCCAGCUGCAGAUGUGGCUAGGAUUUUAGAUGAAGCACAAGUUGCUAAUAUUCUCUGGGGCACGAUGACUAUAGGUUUAGUUGGCAAAUGGAAAAUGCACGUGAAAGAUGUUGAAUUCUUGAUCCUUGAUCAUCUUAUCCCCGUGGCCUCUGAAGCUCUGAUCACUGCUGGUCUCAUGUCUUAUGCGGACCCUGACUGCGGUGAAGUACAGACUAAGGGAAACGAUCGCCCUAUUCCUGCGGUGCAUUUUCACAUCGAGGCUCAAUAUCCUCAACACAGUGUACUAAGGCUAUACCCUAAGUCUGGCCAUCUCUGGUGGCUUCCAGACUUCUAG